UUGAAAAAAAUAGAAAUUUUAAGUCAAUAAUAAUUAUUCAAAAUUGAAAGUUGUAUUAUCUCUAGUUAUAACGAAUUGUGGACUUGAUGCUGUCUAAAAACAUUAUUUUAUUAAAUCAAAGAUUAUUAUAACUCCUAAGUUAUUUUUUACAUUUAUAGUACAAUUUUUAUCUUAUACGAUUCUUAAUAAAUAAUUGGUAGUUAAAAGUAUACAUAGAUUUUAAUAUGAAACCAUUGACUGACAAACAUGAAACGAACAAUGGUGAAUACUCUUUGUAUUUUGAUUGUAAAAUCCACCCUAAUAAAUGUUUUAUGAAAUCAGAAAUUAAAUAUAUUUCGCCACCAAAAUGUGAAGAUGACAAAAUAAAUUUAUCUGAUACAAUUACUCUAUUUGGUUAUUCAUUUAAUAGAGGACAUAGUUUAGUAUAUGAUAUUCCUGUAUUAAUGAAAAUGGCCAAAAAGGAGUUAUUAAGUUUGAGCACUAUAUUGCGUGAUCAGUUUAAAUCAUUUCGAUUUCAUGACCAAAAUUUAAAAAAAAUUGAAUUUAUGGAUUCUAGAAAACAAAUAGUAGAAUUUUUUAUGUAUUUACGUGAUGGUUUUAUAAAAGCAAAUCAAAUUGAAAAGUAUAAUUGGUUAAUAGUUUUAUAUGAAGAUACAAUAUUACUAGAGUUAGAGAAUAUUUGUUCAAUUCUUGGGCCUUUUUAUGAUAUCUCAGAAAAUGUUAUUCAACAUUCAUUUUUUUCAGCAGAAAGCAAAAACAACAUCUAUUAUCAUUUAUAUCAUUGCAGUUUGGAAAUACAAUGGCUUCGAUUAGUUAUAUUAAUGCAGUUUAAUAAACACAAAGAAGUACUCAAAGACACAAUUAGUGUUAUUUUAAAUGAUUCUGUUCAAUUAGCAAGGACCAGAUUUAAAAAAUUAAAGCUAAAAGAAGUCUAUUUAACUAGUGCAUUAUUAUGUGAAUGUUCAUUUGAUUUCUUAAUUCUUAUUCAACAAUUAAUUGAAAUACAAAAAUCUGUACACAAUUUUGGUAAUUUCUGGAAGUUCUUAAAUGCAGCUAUAAUAAAUGUGAAUACAAUAGACAAUGAAGAACUAAUUUUUCAACUAUGGUAUUUAAGCAGUCUAGUUGGAACUCAUCCUUCAUCAUUUGACAUAAAUGAAAGCAAUUUGAAUGUGACUCUCAAAUUGCUCCUUAACCAAGAGCCUAAUGAAGCACAGUUGAAGUUAUCUAUUUGUUUGUUGGAAAAAGUUAUACUAAACAGUUGUGUUACUGAUCUAAUUGUAACUUUAUGGGAAUAUUUCCAUAAAAAACUUAAUUCAAUGUUUUACUCUUCAGAUUUGAAUAUUCAAAGUAUUGCAUGUAUCAGUAAAAAUGGGUCCGAACUUCUUGUUCAAAUGUCAAAUCUCUUUGAAACACAGUCUUCUCAAAUUUAUUCAAGUUUUAAUAGUUAUCAAUUAUUUCAAAGAUUAUUAGGUCUUCAUUUAAGAAAUAUUAAACAUAACUCUAAAGAUUGGAAUCAAAUUAAAGGAAGAAUUUUUUCAAAGUUUUCACUUAGUAAAUUAUUAUCAUUCAAUGAUAUUGGUUUUUACAACUUUACUACCUUGUUUUUAACAUUAGCAACCAUGUCAAGUGAUACAUCUAAUAUUGCACUUAAGUAUCAGCAUUUAAUUAAUUUAAUGUCUGAACAAAAAUUACCAUCUAAUAUUAGAUCAAUUUAUUGGAAAGGAACUAUAGCUUUUUUAAUAUUACAUUCAAAACUUGGCAUUAUGAUUACUCCAUAUGGUUCAGUAUUAUCAGAAGUUUUAAAUUUUACAUCCAGAGAAUACUUAAAUAUUUUUAUAAGUGGAAUUAAAGAAGUCUUAAUUUAUAAUGAUUCAUUUAAUCUUGGGCAUCAUUCAAUUUUUGGUCCGUGGCUUGGACAAUAUUUGAAUACAAUAGAACCAUUGGAGGAAAAUGAAAUGUUACAAUCUUCUUUGGUAAUUCUAAAUAAACUAAAAGAAACUACCAAUAAUUUAAUGCCUUUACCUUUAGAUAAUGAAAUUUUCUUAUUAUAUCAUGUUUUGAACAGUCAAAUGUUACCAUUUUUGAAAAAAUCUUGUUCAAUAGCUGAUUGUGAUAUAGUAAUUGCUGAUAUAGGAGCAGCAUUUACGGUUUUAUCAGUUUUUCCAGCAUUUUCAAAUACAAAGGUUCUUCUGUUUAACUUUUUUGUCGUUAAUCAAGGAAUAAGUAUUAAGUUACUAAAUAGGUACUUAUCAAUAAUUAUAAAAGAAGAGGUUAUUACUAAGGUUUAUGGUUACAAUAGUCUGUCUUUAAUCAAGGCAUGGCUACAUAGUUCUAUGCUUAUAACAAAUUGGACUUUUAAUGAAACAAUAACUAUUACUAAGUUUAUAUCAAACAUAAAGGAAAUUCAAGAACUAUAUGACAAUACUAAUAUUAAUUUAUACACAAGUGUUGAUCCUUUUAUAAGUUUUUUAGAUCAAUUACAUUUUAAGUAUCAUCAAAUUCAGGACCCAAAAUUAAGGCAAAAAUUAUGUGAAAAAGUUGCUGAUUAUUUUUUUAGUAUUAAUAUAUGGGUGAAUAAUUUAGUGAAACAACAAAACCAAAAUGAUGAAAUUUAUAGAUUGUAUAUGAUUAUUGGCUAUUUGCUUGAAAAGAUAUCACCUAUGAUUUAUGUUAAAAGUAAACCAAAUACUAUUUUACAAGAUCUUUUGGAAAUAAUGUUACUGGGAGUGAGUGUUAGAACUCCUAAUUCCAAGACUCAUCCAAGUGUUAUCACUGCUCUUCAAACAAAUUUUCACCGUUAUCUUAUUGGAUUAUUCAAACUGAAUCCAAAAACUGAUCAAUAUAUUGCCAGAUGCCUUCGUGAAUUGGUUUCAAUUUAUCUACCUAAAAUUUUAGCUGGAAUAAAAAUGUCUGAUGAAUUACCUUUAAUUAAAUUAUUUGAAGAUAAACCAGACUCUGAAAUAAUUGAACGUGGUAUGCUGUUAGAACUGAUUGUAACUGUCUUUUUGAAUAAACGAAGUCGUACCCCAGACAGUAAUGUAUCUCAAGUGUUAGAGUAUAUUAAUAAACUCAUAAUUGUAUGCUGUGAUAACAACCUUGUUAUUGUAUCAAUUACUCAUUAUACAUUCACUCGUAUUUGUUCUGUUAUGAUGUUCUGUGAGGAUAGUAACAUUUGUAAAAGAAUUUCUAAUAACAUACUAAGUAAUUUAAUUAACAUGAGUAUAUCAGAUGCAAGUAAUAAAAUCAAGGAUGAAAUUCUAUUUUCAUUGGAUGCACUUUGUCAAGAACACCUCGCGUUUUCAUCUAAACUAGUGUUCGAUUUCUUCGAUGAGAUAAUAGAUAUAUCUUCAAAUAUUGUUACCUGUUUUCUUCCAAAACUAAUUCAUAAUAUUGAAAAGGUAGAAUGGAAAAGAGGCAUUGGAACAGACUUUACUCUAAGAAAAGGUCUUGAAAGGAUUCAAACAAAAUUAGCUAACAUGUAAAAUUUAAAUAUAUUAAUAUAUUAUGUGUUUAUUAUUUUUUAAUCAGACAAUAUUAAUAAAUAUAUGUAUUACAACAUUCAUUUGAAUAUUUUUCCCUGAUUGAAAGGUCUACCAUCAUUAUCUUUGGCGGUCCAGGCAAAGUACUCACUUACAAGUUUCUUUGUUUCUUCAAUAUUAGCAUCCAGUUUUUUCCAUGUAUAAACAUCAUAGUCAACUUUCCAGUCAUUACUUAACUACAAACAUUGUCCAAACUAAAACUAACAAUUUUUUGAACUGCAAAUAUGCACAUACCUCAAAAGCAAGAUCAUGACCUUUCCAAACCCAGACUCCAGAAAUAGUACUAUUUCCUUCAGUGCCAAAAAGACAAACUGAUGCAAAUGCGUUUUUUCUCAUUUUGUCUAAUCUUUGAAACAUG